UUAAUAAUCGUUCGGAUCUUCCUCUUGAGUAUUGCUCGGAGCUGAGCUGAGUAGGCAAUUAAAUUCCAAAAAUUCAGUGGAUUUGACAAUUUCUCUACAGUUCUAGUUUUAGCCAAUUUAAAUUUUGUAAAUUAUUAUAUGGGAAGUUGUUGUGCGAAAAAAUCAAGUCGGACCCUACACAAUCGGUAUCAUGCAUCCAAGAGAAAAUCGCCCAAGAAACUUAAUCAGUCGUUACACCAGGAUCCCAGAAUUCUGAUAUUGGGCGCCGGCGUUUCGGGUCUCGCCUGCGCCGUCGAGCUGAAGAGGCACGGCUUCGAGAAUGUGCGCAUCGUGGAGAUGUCCAAUCGGAUUGGCGGACGUAUCAGAACCAUGAAGUUCGCCGAUAACUAUGUCGAUUUGGGUGCCCAGUGGAUCUAUGGCCAGCACGAGAAUGUCGUCUAUCAAAUGGUUAGGGAAUUGAAUAUGUUGGAUCCGGCAAACGAUAUGUUUCGUCAAAUGGAUUGGAUACGUUCCAGCGGUCAGCGUAUGUCGCGCUCUCUCGCCCGGAAGCUGGUGAAUGUGCUCUCGUCCAUCUAUCGCUUUAAGCGCUCGGAACUGUUUGAGCACGAGGGCACCUUUGGUGAAUAUUUGGUGGAGAAGUUUGCCGAGGAGCUAUCGAAGCCGGGUCUGAAGCAUCUCGAUCGUGAGCUGGCCGCCGAAUUUUUGCGCACAUUCAAGAAAAUGGAGGGCAGCGCCGUCGACACGGAUAUGAGCGCCUCCGGCUACGAGACAUAUCGCACCUGUCGCGGCGAAAACAUGAAUUUCCGCGACCGCGGCUUCAAGCAGUUCCUGCGCGUGCUUCUCGGUGGCGACGAGAUGAAUGAGCAGGGUCUGCUCAAGGAUUGCAUUGAUCUCAAUACGCGCGUUCUGCAAAUCGAUUGGGAUCGUUCCGAUGGCACCGUCGAGCUGUCCUGCGAGCAAGACAAGAAAUAUAUUGCGGAUCAUGUGGUUAUCACCGUCUCGCUGGGCGUGCUCAAACGGAAUACCACACUCUUUCAUCCGUAUUUGCCGCAGGCCAAACGCAAGGCCAUCAAUUUUAUGGGUUUCGGUAGCGUGUGCAAGAUCUUAGUCGAAUUCGGUGAACAAUUCUGGCCGGACAACUGGCAUGGGUUCAAUGCCAUGUGGCGGACGGAGGAUAUGAAUCAGCCGCAACUGGAAUGGGUCUCGGACAUUUAUGCCUUUCACGUGUAUCCCUAUCAGCCCCGGGUGCUGCUCGGCUGGGCGUCGGGCCCCAGCACGGAGGUGAUUGAGACCAUAGACGGCAAACUGUUGGCCCACGGGAUCAUGUAUAUGCUAAAGCGAUUUCUGCCCAAGCUGAAGAUACCGCAUCCCAGCCGCGUGGUUAGCAGCAAAUGGAGCAUCGAUCCGGCACAUUUGGGCGCCUAUUCGUACCGCUCCCUGUUGACCAACAGCUACAAGACCGGACCGGAUCAACUGGCCCAGCCGGUCAAUGUGCUGGCCUACGAGCCGUACGGAUCGCGCAUGUCCUGGGAUCACAUAGUGCCAAUGUCGGUGCGACCAAUCCUUCUGUUUGCCGGCGAGGCGACCAGCAUUAAUCAUUAUUCCACGGUCCAUGGCGCCGUGGAGACGGGCGUCCGCGAGGCUCAACGCCUGACGGGCUACUACCAAAAGGAUUUGUAAUUUUUCCGUCCAUUGGAAUUUAUAUUUUCAAUAUACAGUUUUUGGAAGUGUG